GGUUCAUGGAGAUGGAGGGCAGGGGCCUGUCUGACUUGUUCAGGAACACCAGCGAGGAGAUCUUCCUCAAGGCAGUGAUGGAGAACUCUAUGGGUGUGGCGGCAGCACCAAGUAUGGAGAUGUUGGGGUUCAGGAACAUGUCGCAAAGUUUCAGAGAAGACAGCGAGGAGUUGUUCAACAGCUGGCUUAUGAAUGGAGAGAUCCCAGGAUUUGGUUCAGUGAAUAAUCGUCCUCGGCAGCCAUCUAGGUUGUCAUCAGAAGCUGCAGGCCUUCCGAAUCAACAGCAUGACAUUGCUCAACAAAAUUUUCUCACUGACAACUUGGUUCCACAGAAUUCAGCAAUUCCUUCUGUUGAAUAUCCAAAUAACAAUAACCAGCAAUUACUCAAGAAUGCUGCCGAGAAAGGAAUGCAGGCUAGUGACCUACUUCUUGCAAAGGCCUGGUUCCACAGCACUCAACCAAUGACUAGAAGCCGUUCUUCAGAACUAAGGAGGAGAUAUGCUGCAAUGCAAACUCAUGUGGCACCAAUAACUACAGGAUUCAUUGAACCAGCUAACCAAUUCAAACAAGAUUUUACAAACACAACAAACAGUACUCCGAUGAGCAACACACCUGUUCAGACUCCAAAAUUUGUAUCUCCUUCAAGUUCAUCAACAUCCCCACUGGAUAAUCCAAAUAUGGUGUCACAAGAUACUGUUACCUCAGUUGUGAGUAUGCUCAAGGACACACUCGAGCGCAAGAAGCUUGGUAGCCAUGCUAACAAAGACGCCACAGUAGGCAAUUCUUUUGGAUUCUAUGACAUUCAGCAGUUUCAACAAAACAUUCUUGGAGGAACAGAUAUCUUUCCCCUAGUAACAACAUCCCAAGUUCAGGAUUCCCCGAUGCUUCCAAAAGUCGAUAGGCCCAUGGAAACAAAUAAUGGUAACUUUGCUGCUCCUGCAAACCAGGUUUGGUUCGGCGCAGCAUCUCGAGAGCCCUCGCACAGCGGAUCGUCUACAGCUAUGACUGCUCAUUCAGCUGGAUUUGAAGUGUGUGAUGAGCUACCUCCUAUGGGGCAAGCAAUGUCUGUUUGUGAGAGCACUAGAAAAAAUGCCGCAAAUGGAACAACUGACUGCAGAUUAAAAGGCAAAGAAUACAGGGAGAGGGUCCUAAAGGAUAAUGUGAAAGAUGACAGAAAGAAAACGGCAUUAACUCGAAUGGGAUCCAUUUCAUCAGAACAAGCAGCUUAUGCAGCUGAUAAUGGAGAUCCUACGAAGAAGCGCAGAGUUGAGCGCUCACGCAAAAUGGCAGAAGCAAAGGAAAGAAGUUCCACACCAGUAAUACCAUCCGACAUGCAAGCCGUACUAAAGCGUUGCGAAAACCUAGAGAAGGAGGUCCGAUCACUAAAGCUUAACCUAUCUUUCAUGAACAGGAAAGAUUCAGAACAGACCAAACAGAUCGAGGAGCUUCAGAAGCAAAAUGAGGAGCUGACUGAGGAGAAGGAGCGGCUACUAGAAGAGAUCGAAAGAAUCGUCUGACGCCAACACAUGAUCACCCAAUCCUUUUCGACCCGUUUCUCUGUGCUAAUAGAAUUAGACUUGAAAAGUCCUAGAUACAAAUAUACACACAAUCCAGAAGGGCAGCGAGAAUUACAGUACUGCCCUGAAUGUACCAUUCUUUUCCAUGUUAUCUCAAGUUUAACAUCUACCAACAACCAAGGGGUUAUGGAUUACAUUUUGCUUCCUAUGGCAUGUACAUUAAGAUUAAACUAAGUACGGCAUUAAAUUAAAUAGCAAAAGA